AUGGCCCCCUCCGCUACCGAAACCGUUACGGUCCCAAGUCGCCCUGUCGAACACUCUCAGGUCAAGUUGACUAGCAACACUGGCCCAUACAAAGAACUCGCACCCAUUGGGUAUGAGAAAGAGGCUGAGGAGCAAGGAAAAGAUGGCUUCCAAGCUGCCAAGUAUCGGAAUUAUCUCCCAACGUGGGGAAAUGAGAAAUAUCCUCCACUUCAGCUUUUUGAGCACCAUGACCCAGGCCUUGACGCAGAUAAAAACUUUCCUGAGCUCCUCGCAAAGGGCGUUACCACGAACGACCUCACCCCAACUAUCGGAACCGAAGUCACUGGUGUACAACUAAGCACGCUGAGUCCAGCAGGCAAAGACCAACUUGCCCGCUUUGUGGCGGAACGCAAGGUAGUGGCUUUCCGGAGCCAGGACUUCGCUGAUUUGCCCAUCAAUGAAGCUCUUGACUAUGGUCGUUAUUUUGGCCGUCUUCAUAUUCAUCCAACAAGCGGUGCUCCAGAAGGGUACCCUGAAGUUCAUCUCGUGCACAGAGGGGCAGGCGACAAGACAGCGGAAGCGUUUUUCCAGACAAGAACAAGCUCCGUUGCCUGGCACAGUGACGUAAGUUACGAACUGCAACCCCCGGGAACGACGUUUCUCUACAUACUCGAUGUUCCAGAAACUGGAGGAGAUACCCUCUUUGCAAAUCAAGUUGAGGCAUACAAUCGUCUAAGCGAAGGAUUCAAAGAGAGACUUCACGGUCUCAAGGCUACUCAUUCCGGGAUUGAACAAGUCGACGCUUCUAGAGGAAAGGGCGGUGCGGUUCGCAGAGAGCCAGUGGUGAGCGAACAUCCAAUCGUUCGAACUCAUCCAGUGACAGGUGAAAAGGCUUUAUAUGUCAACCCACAGUUUACUCGAAAAAUCGUCGGGUAUAAGCAAGAGGAGAGUGAUGCUUUGCUGAAAUUUCUCUAUGAUCACAUUGCUUUUGGAGCAGAUUUCCAUGCUCGCGUGAAAUGGGCUGCGAAGACGGUGGUCGUGUGGGAUAACCGAGUGACCUUGCACUCAGCCCUUGUCGACUGGAAGAGCGGCCAGAGGAGGCACUUGGCUAGAAUUGCGCCACAGGCGGAAGCGCCCGUCGAGACCCCGUACAAGGCUUGA